UUCCUGUAGCCAUUCCUGAUUGGCUGGCCGCACCCGUCCCGCGACGGCGAUUGCUCCGCGAGGUUUCUGACCCCUCUCUCUCCUCCCGGAGAGACUACGGCGGCUCCGAGGAGGGGGAGGGACGGAGGGUAAGGUCGUUCCCGUCCGUCAGACAGCUGUGGGAAUCGCUGGGAGCGGAUGGCGGCUGCGAUAGUAGCCCCACCCGCUGUCGGGGGUGAGGAGACGGCGGCAGCAGCCCGAGUUCCGGGAUCUAUGGGGUUGCCCGGGAGCCGUAGCGCUGAGCGGGCUCUAGAGGAGGCCGUAGCCACUGGGACACUGAACCUGUCGAACCGGCGUCUGAAGCAAUUUCCCCGGGGCACGGCCAGUGGCUACGACCUGUCGGAUAUCACCCAAGCUGACCUGUCCAGGAACCGGUUCCCUGAGGUACCAGAGGCAGCAUGCCAGCUGGUGUCCCUAGAGGGGUUGAGCCUCUAUCACAACUGUCUUCGGUGUCUGAACCCAGCGCUGGGGAACCUCACGGCCCUUACUUACCUCAACCUAAGCCGUAACCAACUGUUGUCGCUGCCUCCUUAUAUCUGCCAGCUGCCCCUUCGUGUGCUCAUUGUCAGCAACAACAAGCUGGGAGCCCUGCCUCCUGACAUUGGGGCCUUGGGAAGCCUAAGACAGCUCGAUGUAAGCAGCAAUGAGCUUCAGUCCCUUCCCUUCCAGUUGGGUAACCUUCACUCCUUGAGGGACCUUAAUGUUCGGAGGAACCAGCUCAGCACUCUGCCUGAUGAGUUGGGAGACCUUCCUCUUGUCCGUUUGGACUUCUCCUGUAACCACGUUUCUCGAAUCCCAAGCUCUUUCCGCCGCCUCAGGCACCUUCAGGUCAUUCUGCUGGAUAGCAACCCCCUUCAGAGCCCUCCUGCACAGAUCUGCCUGAAGGGAAAACUUCAUAUCUUCAAGUACCUUUCAUCAGAGGCUGGAGAGCGGGGAGUCUCUGGAUUUGGGGACCUGCCACCCCCUCACUCGUCAAGCUUCAGCCCCUGCCCUGUGGAAGAUUUGUUCCCUGGACGUCGGUAUGAUGGUGGGCUGGACUCUGGUUUCCACAGUGUUGACAGUGGAAGUAAGAGGUGGUCUGGAAAUGAGCUGACAGAUGAAUUUUCGGAACUAUCUUUCCGUAUCUCAGAAUUGACCCAAGAAUCCCGGGGGCCUAGGGAGCAGAGGGAAGAUCGAACAGGUGAUGGGGACCCUGAACAAAUUGACUUCAUAGACAGCAAUGUACCUGGGGAGGAGGAAGAGAGAGGUCCUAUUGAGGAGCAGCAGCUGGCAGAGCAAAAAAACCCAGAGAUGGAAGUAGAAAGGCUACCUAAUGCCAGGUUGGAGGAGCCAGCUGGGGAAGAACGGCGUCGGCCAGACACUCUGCAGCUGUGGCAGGAUCGAGAGAGGAGGCAACAGCAGCAGGGAGGCAUGUGGGGGCCCUCCAGAAAGGAGAGUUUCCUGAAACUGGCAAACAAAGGUAGUGGGGGAAGUACUACCAACAUAGCCUCCUACAACAAUCCCUCCAAGCGAAGUGGCCCCCAGCCUGGAGCCCCUGAGCCCAACCCUUCCUCCCUAGACCCUCACCACACAGCCUGUCCAGCCACCGGCCCUUCUCCCCAGCCGCUUGGCUCCAUCCAAAGACCAAACAGUUUCCUGUUCCGUUCGUCUUCUCAGAGCAGCUCAGCUUCCUCCCCAGGCCCAUUCUCAUCAGAGCUUCUUCUGAGGCCUCGACGGUCCCCCCAGGCAAUGGACAGGGAAGAGUUAAUGGCUCAACUCCGGCAGGUCCUUGAAUCUCGCCUACAGCAACCCCUGCCCGAGGAUUUAGUUGAUGCUCUGGCUAAUGGUGUCAUCCUUUGUCAGUUAGCCAACCACCUCCGUCCACGCUCUGUGCCCUUCAUCCAUGUUCCUUCACCAGCUGUGCCAAAACUCAGUGCUCUCAAGGCUCGAAAGAAUGUGGAGAGUUUCUUAGAGGCCUGUAGAAAGAUGGGAGUCCCUGAGGCUGACCUGUGCCUGCCCUCCGACCUCCUCCAGGGCACCACACAGGGGCUCCGUACCACGAUGGAGGCUGUGAAGUGUGGUGGGGAGGAGGGCCCCCUGCCCCUUGGGCUCUCUCCUAGCCUGGGUGGCUUCGCCUUGUUCUACGUGGUCCUCAUGUUCCUGCUGUAUGUCACCUAUGCUGGGCUCCUAGGCUCCUAGACUUCUGGAGUCUGAACACCCCCAAACCUUAUGUGCCUAUUUAUGAUAAUUCCUUCCUCUACUGACCUGCCCCCUUCAAAACAAUUUCACUGUGAGGACUCGGCUCAGCUACCCUCUUCCUGUUCUGUCUGAUCAAUGAUGCCUUCUGCCUUCACAAAGCUGUACAACUUCCCCUUUCGGACUUCAGAAGCCCCACACUGCCCCCUCUCCCUCUACCUUGGGCUUCUGUCUUCAUUCCCAUAGACCCUUAUUGUGGGUCCUCCACCUCUCUUCCCUCUGGCCCUUGAUUCUUCAGAGAGGCUUUGGGCCCCUGCACUCAUAUACCAGUCCCUCUUCUCCCUGACCCCAGUCCUCUCCUGUUAAAUUAUCUUUAUUUUGUAGAGAGAUCACUCUAUUUUUAGGGGAUGGUAGGGCCCUCGCCCGAGUCUCCCUCUUUGUUUAUAAACUGUAUAGACCUUGAGCACUGCCUCUGUGUGUGUUAUGUGUAUUUUGUAUCUGCUACGUGUCACUCUGGUGCCAUCUUCCCACUUGCUUCCCGUUUCUAGCCAAUAAAUAGGAAGUCUCCUGAGCCCAAAGCCUUGCCCUCUCCAUAGCCAUCUGCUUCAGAUCUUCCCUCCUUCAGAACCCUUUAGCAUAGGAUUCCAUCCCAACAGGGCAAUUAACAGUUGAUGAGCACUUUGUCUUAAGUGCUGACCUGUCUCAUCCUUUCAAGGCUUUUCUCCCAUCUUUCCAGUCUAUGUGCAGUGUCUCUAUGUAAGGCUGGAUACAGGUGAUCAUGUUGGCUGAAGGGAGAGUGGAAGUAGCCAGGAUCUGGGGCCUAGUUUUCACUUUAAGGAUCCCUUUCUGUCUUCUCACUAUGUCCCUUAUUUAGUGACUUGGGAGGGAGUGGGCUAUUGAGGCUGAGAAAAGUGGGCCCCUAGGCAUGGCUGGGAUCUAUUUGCCUCUCCAGGAAUGGGUGGAUUAGAGAAGUUAGUUCAUGAAAACUAACCUAGAAUCCUUCCUCAUUUCCCCCUCCCCCCCAGGAGUCCCUGUGCCAGCCCCACCACAUCUUAGAAGAGGAGGGGAGCCCUGAAAAGGGCCUCCCCAACAUCGCCACUGCUGUCCAUGCCUUGCUGGAUCAGGCAGGGUCCCAAGGGCAUCCUUAGGAG